AUGAUACUUAGUCCUGCUCAUCAUCGUUUACUUAUUACUCGAUGUCAUGUUCUCAUACGUAUAUUUUUAAUUUUUAUAAUAGUCAUAUUAUUUAUGAUUCCACAUCAUUUUUAUUUUUAUUAUAAUAAAAAAACAACAAUAUUCAUCUGUGAGUUUCAUACAUUUAUUGAUCAUUGGAAAAUUCGUGCGUGGCCAUUUUUACAUGCUAUAUUAUUUGUUUCACUGCCGUCAAUAAUAACAUGUAUAUCAUCAGUAAUUUUAUUACACAAUCGUUGUAAUCAAAAAAGAAUAAAUAAAAAUAAAUUAAGUGAAAAUGCACGUCGUAUGAAAAGAAAUUCUAUAUUAGUAUUAUUUAUUUCAAUAGCUACUUUAUUUUCUAUAUUACCAACUGUCAUAUUAGAAGCUUUUAUCGUACAUGAUCGUCUUUUUAAUCAUUAUAUAUUUUGUUCAAUAAGAUGGAAAAUAUAUAGAAUUUUACUUAAUUGGUUUUUGUCACUUUCAGCUUUGAAUUAUUCAUCUAAGUUUUAUAUACGUCUCAUCAUAUCGAAAAUAUUCCGGCGAGAUUUUAUCAAAUUAAUUUAUUCUAUUUCUCUACAUAAACAAAAGAAUACUGAACAAAAUUCAGCUCCAGUCGAUCUACCAAUUACACCAAGAAAUACUGAAACAUAA